AACUGUUAACACACGUGUCACAUUUCUAGUCUCCGUCUCCCUCUCCUCUUUUUUCCCCGAACAUACCGGAGGAAAUCGCACGGAACUUUUGCUUCGACGUCACGUGGACAUUCCACGAAGCGCCUUUGCUCUUCGAACCGUUCAUAUAUAUCACUCUCUCUCUAUAGAAAGUAGAAAGUUAAUUUGAUUUCGCUCACCACCAAUCAAACGAGAGGAGGGACUUGGUCUUUGGUGGAGAGCUAUUUCCGGAGAGGGAAAAGAGAAAAAACGCAAUUAACCACUUUCUUCGCUUCAUCGACCGUUACACCUUUAGGCCUUGACUUUUUUCUCCCAGGCCCCCCGUUGAUUGAUUUUGUGUGGUAAAGAUAUAAUCAGCAAUGAGUGGCGUUGGAGAGAAUCAACUCAUCUCCAUUCAACCUGAUGAACUCAAGUUUGUUUUUGAACUCGAGAAGCAAAGCUACUGUGAUCUUAAAGUUUCCAAUAAAACCGAGAACUAUGUUGCUUUCAAGGUGAAAACAACAUCUCCAAAAAAGUAUUUUGUUAGACCCAACACUGGUGUCAUUCAGCCAUGGGACUCCUGCAUCAUUAGAGUUACUCUACAAGCGCAAAGGGAGUAUCCUCCAGAUAUGCAGUGCAAAGACAAGUUUCUCCUUCAAAGCACCGUUGUGCCUCCUCACACUGAUGUUGAUGACCUUCCACAGGACACAUUCACCAAGGAUAGUAGCAAGACGUUAACAGAGUGUAAGCUCAAGGUCUCGUAUAUUGCUACGUCUACAACGCAAAGAUCCUCUGAAUCUGGAGCAACCAGUGGCGAUGGAAAUGGCUCUGAAUCCAUCUCAGUGACUGCUAUACAGCGGCUGAAGGAAGAGCGAGAUGCAGCUGUUAAGCUAACACAACAGCUGCAACAUGAAGUGGAGAUGUUGAAGAAACGAAAAAGGAGCAGCGCCAAUGGGUUAUCCUUAAAGUUGGCAGCUAUGGUUGGACUCAUCGGACUCAUCAUUGGUUUCAUCCUAAAACUCACCUUAGCUUCUCCCACAUAACAGCAGCUAUCAGCAGCUUCUACGCAUCAUCUACCAUCUCAACUUAUGAGAGGCAUUCAUAGCUGUUAACUCUCUAUGAUCUUGUUCUUCUUUGUUUUGUCCAUUAAAUUUGCUUCUUUGUCAAUUAUAUCGGAUGUCCAUCUUUGACACAAUAGACCCUUUCAUGAUUAUGUUUUCUUCUCCACUACAUUUAGUGGAAAUGACUUAUUAUCUUUUAUACGCAUUGUGAAGGAGAUCUGUUUCGUAAAGACUCUUAACUUCUUUUUAGGCACUGAUGUUUUCAGAGACUUGGGGGACCCAAAUUAUAAGAUAGAACUGCAU